UUGAGCGGUGAGAGAGGACAAGCUGCUUUAAUUUAGCGAAGAGGAGAAGGUUGCACUGGUGAGAGCCAGCCCGCCAGCGAUGGCUUCUCUCAGGCAGGAGCACCUCUACGGGCUGUCGUGUGGAAAGAACAGUAAAAACAGCUCCAACAGGACACUUUACCACGUCAAGCUCACCGACACCGCUAUUCGGGCUCUGGAGGCUUACCAGAACCUCAAGGCUAAUUUACCAAGUGAGCCGUUGAUCAGUUUCAAAGGUAGCCAAGGGUACAUCAAGCUGCCAGCUCCUACGGCAGAGUCACCCAAUGCUCUUCGUGUCUUCUCCUUCUACCUAUCCAGCGACUGCAAAGACCAACCACAGGCCAGCUUUGAUUGCAUUCAUCAAUAUGUUUCAAGCGACGGCCGUGAGCAACUGGAAGGGCAAGGUGUCAUCCAGGACAAGAUCACUGUGUGCGCCACCGAGGACUCCUACCAAAUGACCCGCGAGAGGAUGUCUCAAGUGGAGAAGGACAGUUGGAGCCGCUCUGCCAUCGAGAUCAAACCGGGAGCCUCACAUCCCAGCAAAAGCGUCAAGUUCCAAAAGAGGCCACCUCUUUUACCUGCAUCAGACGGCGGCUUCUGCAAGCCCCCCAUAACGAGCCGGUGGAGCGGCAGCAUGGCCUCGGUCAACCAGAAAUCCCUCAGGGAGCGCAUCAUUCACCUGCUGGCUCUCAAGUCCUACAGGAAGCCAGAACUACUGCUGUGGCUGGAGAGGGAACGGGUCGCGCCCAAGGACAAGGCAGAGCUUGGAGCCAUACUGGACGAGGUAGCAAAGGUGAAUCCCAAAGACAGCAGCUACCUAUUGAGAGACGACUUAUACAAGCAUGUGCGAAGGGACUGGCCCAGCUACAACGAGGAGGAGCAGAAACUGGUCAGCAGGUUGUUGCCAAGGAAAUUACAGUCCCAUGUCAACGGCCAAUCAAAGAAUCCUCAAACCAAUGGAUCAAUACUGAGGAUGUCGGAGGAUAGAACACUACAUCACAGCAUCGCAAGGAACCCAGUAGCAAAACGCCCCAUGUCUUCUGAUUCACUACAAGCUUUGGCCGCAAAGCGACAAAAACAAAGCGAACACCGGAUGCAACAGCAGCCGUCUACCAAUGGACUCUUUGACAAUAAGAGCACACACGUCAGUGCACCUCCAUGUCUCCACUCUCUCAAGACUGAUUUCCCAGGAACUCAUAACACCACGGGGAGCAUUGAUGGGUCACCAGGAGGGCAACACGGCUCUCCUCUAACGCACAAAAUGUCGAGUGCCUCUGAUGUGUCUAACCAGCACGGAACUAAAGCGAAGAACGACACUCCUCCUCAGGUUGAGUUGGACAGCGCUCAGCAGCAACAAAGGAAGAGGAAAUCCAAAAAGCACAAAGAACGGGAAAGGUUAAAAGAAAAGCAGGACAGAGGAUGGUCGGAGAACAGUCCUGAUCCCAAGCAGACCCAGGACAAACUUGGGAAUUGUGACAUCACAAAUGACAUGGACUCAGAGGAGAAGCCCGAUUAUGCGCUCACGUACAUCAGGGUCACAAGCCCAGAGCAACGUCAGCGGUACCAGGAGGAUUUCAGCGCGGAGUAUGAUGAAUACAAAGACCUCCACACGCGAAUCGCCACCAUAACUCACAUGUUUGUUCAGCUUGGAGCCAAAAUCAAGAGCAUGUCACCCGGUACUAAAGAACACAAGGUAAUGGAAGAUCAAAUAUUAGAAAAAUACAACAAGUAUCGAAAGAAGUUUCCAGGCUACCAGGAAGAGAAGAAGCGCUGUGAAUAUCUCCACCACAAACUGUCCUUCAUCAAGCAGCUCAUCGUGGACUAUGAUGUCUCUCGGGCAUCCUCGUAGCAAUGGUUGUCCCUUCCAUGUAACCGGGAAGACGUCAAAACAUCCAUGGACAAUAUGCCCUUCAAGAUGCUAUCAAUGAGGCAUCAAGAAGGGAUUGCACAAAUAGUCUUAAAUCUAAAGCUGAUUUUUUUAUAUUUGUUUUGAGGUUGAUUUGCAAAGUGAGAAAGACAGACAUUGAACAGCAUCAAUUUCUAUAAUUACAAGACCUUUUUUUGUCUUCUUUUAAAUGCACAUGAGUUGCCUACUUUGUAACGCUGCAAGAAAGCCUUCUGGUCUGCUGCUUAGCUAGUGCCUCUUUUUCUCUGCUGUAGCAUUGACUCUUUUUUUGGGGGGGAUUUUAUCUUUUAACCAAAGUUUUAUUUUUAUUUUUUUGUACAGCAUGCAGGAUCAUAUUUAUGUAUUUGUAUGCACCCUCCAUCUAUCUGAUUGCAGCUGACUGACAUUCAUCUGCUUGAAGCUGCACCCCCACAAAUGCACUUGUUGUUUAAAGUAUUUAUCGAGCUCAACCUUUAAAUUUUGGCUUAAAAUGGUUGGCAGAUGAUCAUUGGCGUCCUUCCUUCUAGUGAUGUGACACAAAGUGUUUUUCCAGGAACUGCUGAUGUAUUUACUGUAUUUUAAGGCAGUCUUCUUCCGUCCUCUGAUGUGGAACUUUUGUAGAUUAAAGCACGGGGUCACAUGACAUUAUCUUAUCCAAACACUAGGAGAAGAAUAACCUUUAGCCUUAUGUAACUCACUUUUCCACUGCCUAUAAAAGCUGGCAUUUUUUCACCUUUUUUCCAGGUCAUCGUUUUGUAGAAACAGCACUGACACACAAUCAGUCUGGCAAUUUUCUGCCUGUGGGGGUAUUAUCGAGCCAGAGCAGAAAGGACAGCGUCUGUGUGUAAGGGAAUUCCUCAAUAUUGGCCCUGUUGUGUUCAAAAGAAAAUGUCGGUGUACACCAGGUGCUGGCACUGGUGUCUACGUGAUUGUGUGACAUGAUGUCACUGUGUGAAAGCACACACGGUUGUGACAAUGUUCCACUUCGUUGGGUUCUGUGUGAAAGGUGAGAAUAAAUGCCAGGAUCCUGUUUUUACUCUGAUUUUCUCUUAGUUUUGCAGAAUCUGUGUGAAAGAGACAUCCUUUUUCGUGUCACUGUUCUGUAUAAUAGGCACUGAAGAAAGGCACAAAGCAGACACUGCAAUUUUCCACCAUCAGUGGGGGUAUCAUAGGCGGGACCUGUCUGUAAGGGUAUUCCACAUGCUUUCUGUCUGACAGGUGUUUUUUAUAGGCCGCAACUCUACACUUUGACAAAGUGACAAAGCAUCCUGUGUGAGGGUAUGAUGUAUACCUGUACAUACAGGUACUGUCAGACAACGAAAAUAGCUACAACAGCACGGGCGAAGUGAAUGUCAUCGUGUUCAUGCUCAAACCCUUGACACUACCUCCGAAGGUGGAAAAUUGGACUUUGUUGGCCCAGUUCAUGUUGUUACCUGUUAUACAGUAAAGCAACAUGAAAAAAUACCAGCUUUUAAAGGGUUUGUUGUGUAAAAGUUUGUUAAAUGUCACAUCAGGUCACACAUGAGAGGUUGUUUUCUCGUUCACAUUUAAAGAGAAUUCCAGAAUGAAACAUUUGACUUUAAAUGGUACUGUGUUUGGCACUCUUUUCUAUACUGUCAUGUGUUUGAGUCCAGUAGGGACAAAAGGGGGUUUGCAGUGAAUCAGAUAGAGAUGGUUGGUUCAAGGAAUAAUGAAGCCAUAUUGGUUAAAUUAAUAAAAGCAUAUGCGUUUGCUCCCCAUGUUGCAGUACUUUUUGUGUUUUUUAUUUCCUCCAUUGUCUUCCAGUAGUUAAUCAGAAACCUUGUGAAAUGUUCUGUCUUCUUGCACUCAAUUUGAUCACAUAAGGUAAAAGGGCCAAACACCAAUCUGUCAUUGCUUUCUCAUGAAUGAACUGAUAGAAUUUACAUGUUUUAUUCCUGAAAAUUGGCUAUAUUUGUAAUGUGUACCUGUAUGUGCCCUAUGGGCACAUUUAUUAAUUUAAAAUUACAUGAAAAAUAACUUUUUUUUCAAACGCACAUCUAGCUUUUAUUAAAGAAUCACCUGAUAAAUUAUUUCAUUGAUCAUUGGAAGUGUUAUUGUCACUGUACUGGACUGUGAGGAAAAGCAUUCAACGAAAUUCAUUUAUAUUAUAUAUGACAUGUAUACACAGCUGUCUUUUGAAUAUGUGCACCCUUCAAAAGAAUAAAACAUGA